CCACUGACGCGAUGCAUUGGCGCGGGGUUCCCGCUAUCAAUAUGAGGUCUUUUCUUUACUUCACCUUUUACAAAGCAAGUAAGUCCACGAAGAACAUCCGAAUAAAACUUAACAAGCAACUAUGCCCUCCAACACCGCACAGCCGCAGCCGGUCAGAGUCGUUUGGCAUGGCAAAGAAAAAGCCGAUGCUCAAACCAGUGGCCGAUUCCUCGAUUUCUUUGUCUUCGCUGACCCCAACCAGGUCGAACCCUGGCGCAAAGACAAAUCCAUUCCGAUCGUUGACGUCGUCGAGUCGUUCGACAUCUUUGCUGUCAACAACGGAGGAAACACCGGUGUCUAUGAAAGGCCUUCGAGGCAACAGCUGGACACCACGUUUGGAACCCACAAUGUGAGCGAAAUCAUCGAGCGGAUUCUCCAGGAAGGCAAGAUUGAACGGGGUCCCGAUGCUCACUUGAACAGGUUGACAGCCCCUCCUCGCAAUUGCAGCAAAGGCGCUUACAACGGCCGUGUUGCACAAUCGGCCGUUCACAACUGAUGUCGGCUCGACUACAC